GAAACUAUUGAGCUGAUAGUGCUUCUUUAUGACACUCAUUCGCAACCUUGUAGUACUGUAGCCCUCCGAUAUUUUUACAACACUGUAGUGCUUUUAAUAUUGUUGUGUACACUGUACACUUUAUAUCCGGUAACUACUGAGAUAAACUACAAUCUAACGUUGUUUCUGUUGUGUUUACUACUCUGCUGUGACGUUUCACUGCGUGCGUCCCCGUCUUUCCGACAGCUCUUGAAAGCAGCAGCAGGAGCUCAUCUGUUGGACAGGGAAACUAAUCAGGAGACAAGUGAAGACUUUUCAGUCCCGCUAGCAACCAGGCUAGUUACGAGGCUAGCAAGCUGUUAAAGUCAACCGUCCAGACCACUAAAGGAGUACACACGUAGUUUAUGAAGUCCAUGGUCUCUUCUGUCCGGUACACACCAGUCUGGCUAUGUUUUAGGAGCACUGUGUUGUUGCUCUGAGAGUAGCAGCCUCCGUCCAGCUGAAGCUCGCUGCUAUAGCUCGUUAGUAACGGUAGCUGAGGACAGAAGAAGUGAAUAAAAUGGAGCUGGACGACGUCGUCCUGUAUCAGGAUGACUCUGGCAGCUCGACCAUGAUGUCCGAGCGGGUCUCCGGUCUGGCCAGCUCGAUAUACCGGGAGUUUGAGCGUCUGAUCGAGCGGUACGGAGAGGACGUGGUGAAGGAGCUGAUGCCGCUGGUCGUCGCCGUGCUGGAGAACCUGGACUCGGUGUUCGCGGUGAACCAGGAGCACGAAGUGGAGCUGGAGCUGCUGCGGGAGGACAACGAGCAGCUGGUCACCCAGUACGAGAGAGAGAAGGCUCUGAGGAAGCACACAGAGGAGAGGUACAUCGCCCUAGAAGACUCCCAGGACGGCGAGAAGAAGGAUCUCCAGUGUCGACUGGUUACGUUGGAGUCACACACACGGCAACUAGAGCUGAAAACUAAAAACUAUGCAGAUCAGGUUAGCAGAAUGGACGAGAGAGAAGCGGAGCUCAAGAAGGAGUAUAAUAGCCUUCAUCAGAGACACACUGAGAUGAUCCACAGCUACAUGGAGCACCUGGAGCGAACUAAACACCAGCAUGCAGUCACAGUAGCAGAGCCCUCAGAUGCAGGAACAGGCUCAUCAGCCAGAACACGAAAGGAGCGUCCCAUCUCCAUGGGCAUAUUCCAGCUUCCUGGGACUGAUGGUAUGACCUCUGACCUCCAGAGGGAACCUGUUGACCCUUCUGAGCCGUGGAGAUUCAACAACCUUAGCCAUCCGCGGUCCAACACCAGCCUCAAGUUCUUGCCGAUCAGAGUGGAAGGUGAAAGUUCGCAGGAGAAUUUGCCCGAUCAGGAGGCUGAUCAGGAACAGGAUGAAUUGGUCGGUUUCAACCGUGCAGGCUCCAAGUCCAGUACUCCAACCAACCAGGGAAGUGUCUCCAAAAGUGGAACUCCUGCGUCCAAAUCCAACGCCUCCAUGUCCUCUCAGGGUGUCACCUCUAAAUCAAACACCCCCACCUCUACAUACAGCGCUAACUCUCAGUCCACCACACCGCUGUCUCCUCAUGACGGAGCGCCCGCCGGAAUGAGUCCCAGGUCCAGCGGAGGGUCCGCCUCCGUCACACCCAUGUCUACCGCCGCUUCCGACGUUGCCAUGGAGUCCGCGGAGCAGGGAGUUUCAGACGGGCUCAACAAGAACCUGGACUGGAGCAGCGGAAAACCAGAGAGCAGUAAGAACAUCGCAGCCGUGCAAGGAGGUCGGCAGGGUCAUCCUGGACACGCUGGUCAGGACUCUACACCCCUCAGAGGUGAUGAUGGAGCAGACCAACUGGAGAAGUCUGAGGUGCAGGCCAUCAUAGAGUCCACCCCUGAGCUGGACAUGGACCUCGAUGGCUUCAGAGGAGCAAGCACACCGACUAAAGGCGGCAUAGAGAAUCUAGCGUUUGACCGCAACACCGAAUCUCUGUUUGAGGAGCUGUCAUCUGCAGGAAACGACCUGAUAGGAGACAUGGACGAAGGAGCCGACAUGCUGGGUAUGGGUCGGGAAGUUGAACAUCUUAUCCAAGAGAACGCCCAGCUGCUGGAGACCAAAAAUGCUUUGAACGUGGUGAAAAAUGACCUGAUAGCACAAAUGGACGAGCUGUCCUGUGAGAAGGAGGUUCUGAGAAGCGAGCUGGACGCCGUCACUCAUGCCAAGACCAAACUGGAGGAGAAGAACAAAGAGUUAGAAGAUGAACUCAAGAAGAGUCGAGCAGAGCUUGAGGAAGCCAAACAGAAGGUCAAGAACGACAACGAGGAUGAUAGCGACGUGCCUACAGCCCAGAGGAAGCGUUUCACCAGGGUGGAGAUGGCCAGAGUACUGAUGGAGAGGAACCAGUAUAAGGAGAGGCUCAUGGAGCUGCAGGAGGCCGUCAGAUGGACAGAGAUGAUCCGGGCUUCAAAGGAGAACCCAGGUCUUCCAGAGAAGAAGAAAUCCAGCCUCUGGCAGUUGAUUUUCAGCCGUUUGUUCAGCUCGUCGGGCGCGGCAGCGAAGAAGCCGUCGACAGAGGCCCCGGUGAACGUCAAGUACAACGCGCCCACCUCUCAGAUCCAGCCGUCCGUCAAGAAGAGGAGCAGCACCCUGCAGCAGCUGCCCAGUGACAAGAGCAAAGCCUUUGAUUUCCUCAAUGAGGAAGUGGCAGCUGAUAACGUGGUGUCCAGGCGGGAGCAGAAGAGGGCUCAGUACCAGCAGGUCAAAGCCCACGUCCAGAAGGAGGACGGCAGAGUGCAGGCUUACGGCUGGAGUCUGCCCAAGAAACAUAAAGCCAACGGUGGUCAGACAGAGAGUAAGGUGAAAAAUCUACCUGUUCCUGUCUUCCUCAGACCACUGGAUGAGAAAGAUGCUUCUAUGAAGCUGUGGUGUGCUGCUGGUGUGAACCUCUCCGGAGGUAAAACCAGAGACGGAGGCUCCAUCGUAGGAGCCAGUGUGUUUUACAGCGACGUGCCUGGACCAGAGAGCCCUAAGAAGAAAAUCGGAUCUCAGAGCAGUCUGGAGAAACUGGAUCAAGACCUCAAGGAGCAGCAGAAGGAGUUGCGGCAGCACGACGAGAUGUCGUCGCUGGUUUGGAUCUGCACCAGCACCGAGUCCACCACCAAAGCUGUCGUCGUCGACGGCAACCAGGCUGGAAACAUCCUGGAGAGCUUCUUUGUCUGCAACUCCCACGUCCUCUGCAUCGCCAGCGUUCCAGGUGCAAGAGAGACGGACUACCCAGCUGGUGAAGAAGUAGCUCCAAACUCUGAGAUGGGACCGGCCACGGAUGACGGCUCACAAUUGACCACUAGCAGCUCAGCAGGUGACGAUGGCGUGCUCGGAGGCAUCACCGUUGUUGGCUGUGAAGCCGAGGGAGCUGCAGCGGUUCCUCAGACAGCAGACAGCCCAGGAGAAGACGGAGAGAGUGAAUCCAGACCAGCAGAGGAAGCCACAGAGGCGACGGAGGCCAGCGCAGGGCCCGCUGACCAAAGAGAGAGCCUGAGGGGAGUCUACACCGAACACGUCUUCACUGAUCCACUGGGAGCUCAGCAGACAGCAGAGGCUCCAGCCAACUACUCUCAGAGGGAGAGCGAUCUGUUGAAAGAUGGCGUGAGUUCAAACCCUGACGCAGAGGAGCAGGACCUGAUGAGAGAAGAGGCUCAGAAGAUGAGCAGUGUUCUGCCCACUAUGUGGCUGGGGGCGCAGAACGGAUGUGUGUACGUCCACUCCUCCGUGGCUCAGUGGAAGAAGUGUCUCCAUUCUAUAAAGCUGAAGGACUCUGUGCUCGGCAUAGUGCAUGUGAAAGGGCGAGUACUGGUGGGUCUGUCUGACGGCACUUUAGCCAUUUUCCACAGAGGAGUAGAUGGACAGUGGGAUCUGACCAACUACCAUCUGUUAGACUUGGGGAGGCCACACCACUCCAUCCGCUGCAUGACGGUAGUACACGACAAGGUGUGGUGUGGCUACAGGAACAAGAUCUACGUGGUGCAGCCCAAAGCCAUGAAGAUAGAGAAGUCCUUUGACGCCCACCCUCGUAAGGACAGCCAGGUACGACAGCUGGCCUGGGACGGCGAUGGCAUCUGGGUGUCCAUCAGACUGGACUCCACUCUCAGGCUGUUCCACGCUCACACCUUCCAGCACCUUCAGGAUGUCGACAUCGAGCCCUACGUCAGCAAGAUGCUGGGUACGGGGAAAUUAGGCUUCUCAUUUGUGAGGAUCACAGCUCUCAUGGUGUCGAGUAAUCGUCUGUGGAUCGGCACCGGAAACGGAGUCAUCAUCUCCAUCCCUCUGACAGACACAGCCAACAAGGUCACCAAGGCGGCAGGUAACCAUCCAGGAAGCGUAGUUCGUGUCUACGGUGACGACAGCAGCGACAAAGUGACAGCCGGGACGUUUGUCCCAUACUGCUCCAUGGCUCACGCUCAGCUCUGUUUCCAUGGUCACAGAGAUGCUGUCAAGUUCUUCACCGCUGUCCCAGGUCACGCAGUUCCAUCUGCGUCCUGCGGAGUCGAGGCAGCAGGUGACAAGACGACAGAUGCCGCAGCUCAGGAAGGAACCAAGUCCAUGUUGGUGAUGAGUGGAGGAGAAGGCUACAUCGACUUUAGGAUGGGUGAUGAGGAGGGCGAGGCGGAGGAGGGCGAGGUUCCCCCCAUGAAACUGCAGCCCUUCCUGGCUAAAGCCGAGCGCAGCCACCUCAUCGUCUGGCAGGUCCUCGAGGACUGAACUCUGACCUCUGACCCCUGAGGCCUGAUUUGCCUUUUUCUCUCAACCACGCUGCCAUGGAUGGAGGAGUCCAGGUGGACGACUCCUCUCUACAGACAGUUUAAUCAGCACUUUUCUUUCUUCCUGAACAAUAAGAGUGAAACAAGCAAGAACUGCUCUGAUACUCAGCGGUAACGUGGACCGGAGCAAACAGAUUCAAGCAAACUGCAUGUCAUUGUUUCAUUAUUAGUUGUUUCUCUUAUUUGUUCUUUUUAAAAAAAGCAUGUUAUGAAUUUGAAUUUCAAUCUGUUCUAAUAUUAUUUGAGAUAAACAGAACUUAUUUGUCAUGUUUGCUCAGCAAAUCCAAUGAAUUUUUCCCCCCUGACAUUUCCAGGUUCCCUUCACUCAGUUCAGUCGUCGUGUGCUUUCAUGCUGGACUCGACUUUACGCUAAAUCAGUUGGUCAAACAGAAAAUAAUCACCUGUGAGCCCCCCCCGUUGCCCUUUAAUAAUGUAAGACGGGGGGUAAUCAUGUGUGGGAGCAAAUCACGUGGGAUUCUUGAUCAAUCCCGAAUCCUAUUUCAUGUUGGUUUUUUGUUUUUCAUCCUUUGAGAACUUGGCUUUUGAUUGUAUGCAAGACAAAUUGAAUUGAUUGCCAGUUGUCAAUGCAAUACAUCAGCUUGAAGAUGGUCCUGUAUUUAUCUUAAUAUUCAACAUGUAAGUCCCAGUUUAUGCCUCCGCAUUACCAUUAUAUUCCAGUCACAGAGCUAAGCAUCCGAUAUUACAGACAAAUAAAUUCAACCAGCAACCCAGAGGGUUGUUCAAUACCACUUCCCACUGUUCUGAAGAUAUUCCCAGCUUUAUAGCCAUCUGAAUGAAACAAUAUUCCAUCUGCUGCAUGAUUAAAAAACAUUUUUAACCCAUUUCCAAUUCUAGAAAUGCCUUUUAGAACAGUGGUAAGAGUUGUUAAAUUACUACUUUCUUUCCACGCUAGCAGCACGGCUCUAUGGAGGGCAAUGUGUGUCGCUCGGGCCCGACACUUUGAUCCAGACAGAAAUAUCUCAAAAACUAUUGGAACCAUUGUCAUGAAAUUUGGUGCAGAAGUUCAUGUCUCCCCCCCCCGCCCCCCCCCCCCCCCCAAAGGAUGAGUUGUAUUAACUUUGGUGAUCCUCUUGACUUUUCAUCUAGCGCCAUCAUCAGGUCACAAUAUUUAUAUUUUGUGGUUUGGUUUUUGACCAAAUAAUCUGCAAAAACGACAUUCCCAUCAACCUCAGCUGUACUUGUGUUUACUGCUGCAAGAAUUAGUGUUUACUAUGCUAAACUAGAAUAGUAAACCAUACCCUUGUCAGUGUGAGCAUGUUAGCAUGCUAACACUAGCAUUCAUCACAAAGCAUCACUGCACCACGGGGUAAUUAUCUUUCAGAAAAUCGGGUUCUUAGCUAUGUGAUUUAAAUGUAAUAAUAAUACAUUUUACUAUCUAUCUAUCUAUCUUAGAGGCAUAAACUGGAGCCUACGUAACUCAGUGACUGACAAAACUCCAUUCACAAUACCCUUAAUUAUGAAACGAUUAAGAAUCGUAGACUUGUAUUUAAUCCAAUAUUCCACGAGGAUGCUUGUCAGUCUACCCACCAGCUCUAGAUAUAGUAGACACUAUAAGAAUAUGCCUUAGGUAUUAAGGCUUGAAAAGACUUCAGUUACUCUGCUUUUCAAGUGUGACAAAAAGUAUUUAUUUUUCUCUUGAAAGAAUGUUGCUGCGCUUGCUACCAAAGGAUAAAGAAUUAAAGACGGAUAUACUGCGACAUGCUGAAACAAUAAUCUAACAUUGAGCAGCAUGUUUGCCUCCAUGUAGAUAACAUGCAUGUUUUUUUGUAACAUAAAUCCUGGUGUAUAGAUAGGAUAUAUUUUUAGACUUUCAUAUUUGGGAAUUGACAUAUUUUCAGGGUGUGAGAGAAGACCUGUUACUAUGAGAGGAUGAAACGAGCAGCCGCACUUGAGAAUUACAACCCCCACCACCCCCCCCUUCUAAUCCUUGACAUUUAGAGGUCAGAAUUGUAACACUGACAUGUUUGUUUUUGCGGCGCUGCCCUGCCCCCUCCGUGCAAGAAGAUGAUGUUUAUCUGAAGUUCUCAGUGAUAUCCCCUCCUAAUGUUUUUUAUGAACUUUCUUUUUUUGUCUUUUAGACUGUUCUCUCUCUGAGCACAGUGCACAAGAUGUUCAUUUGGGUGUCAUAUGAGACUGUAUUUCUGGCCUCUGUGUACCAGUACACUGCACUGGUGUGUUCUUUGUUUUGUCCUCUUUGUAUUGACCAGUAUCGGAGGAGGUCGGUCCUCGUUGUGAGUGUGUGUGCGUGUGUGUGCGUGUGCGUGUGUCUUCUCUCCAGGAGAGGAGUGAAAUGUUAUUGCAGUUUAGCCAUUUCAGUAUUUAUUUACAAUGAUUGAGCCUUUGCAAUUCAGAAUGUAUCUUUGUACAUUGAAUAUAUCUGAUUAUAUAUGUAUGGAACAUGAAAAUGGCUUGGGUUUAUUGUUUUGACAACACUUGUUGAAAUGAUAGAAUUUGUUUGUAGGGGGUAACCUUACUCAGCUAUGCACUAUGUCUGUGAGGGGGGGGGGGUUGCUUCAGGCCUGUUUUUUUAUUAUUAUUUUGUAAGCAGAAACCCUGCAGCCUGUCCACAGACACAAUGCAGUUUUCAACUAAUGCAGGAAAACAACUAAAGUCAAUGAGCGAGCAACGUCCCACCACUGCAUGACAGAGCAUCUCGCCGUCCUCCACAAGUCCCGUCAUCCCUCUCAUCUGCAAUUUGUGUCAUUAACUUGGCAGGGACUUCCUCUCUCUUCCGAGUUAGCAGUACGCAGCUUGUACUUCUACAGCGUAUCUGGCCUUACUUAUUUUUCAAUUAAAGCAACUCUUGUGGGCAA